GGUCUUACUACCACACACGCACUCGUCUUCCAGAGUAAAAAUGACUAAAAAGCAAUAGAUCUGCGACGUCAUCCACACAUUCGCGUCCACAAGUGUAGCUCAUUAAACCUUUUCUCUGUCAUUAAACCAACCUAAAGAGCACGUGGACUCUUAACGACAAACGAAUGAAUGGAUGAUGUUGUCGCGCACAUCGAACGUCUUUUGGGUGUCACCAAGGCGAUUUAGUGCUUUCAGAACUGAAGGAGCUGUAACGAAGUGCUGUUGACGAACAUCAACAAUACAAUCAAAAUACACCAUCGCCCGCUUCACAUCAGGAAAAGCAGAAGAGUUUGCUGGGAAAAAAAGGCUCUUUCCAUUCAACAAUAGAUGAUGCGUACUCGCAUAGAGCCUGCUGCUUACGGACAGCGCAUACCCAAUGUAGAGUGUGCAGACCACUACCCGGCCACACGUUAUUACAAAAAGGCAAAGAUACGAACACAAACCACGGGUGACUGUCUAUCAUGCAUCAAGUACACCAUGUUAGUCUUGAACACCUUCUUUGUUAUGACAGGGUGUAUGUUCUUCGGUGUGUGGGCCCUGACACAGAUCGCCGUUGAUUCAGCCUUUGUAGCAGUGUUGCAGACGAAGCAAACGCUAGUUGAAGGAUUGUACUUUGUGCUGGGAGUUGGAAUUGCACUCUUCAUCGUGGGCUUCGUGGGCUGCUGCGGAGCCCUCCGCGGUAAUAGGUUUCUGCUCAUAACUUUCUGCACAUUUAUUGUUUUGAUCCUAAUAACUGAGAUGGCUGGUAUUGGUCUUGUCCUUGUGGAUCGCGGUGAGUUUGACCAAAAAACCAUGAAAGCUACUAUGAUAAAAAAUUUUCAAAAAGACGGAACGGAUGAUGCGGCUUCAGUUAAAACUUACUUAAAAGCGUGGAAGGCUGUGAUGAGGCAUUACAAAUGCUGUGGCAUAGGUACUGCUUUUACGAAAAAAGAGGCAGCAGCAGCAGCAAGUGCAUCAGAAAGUCGAGCAUCAGCAACAGAACCUGCAUCAAUACCCGCUCCAAAGUGCUGUCGAAUUGAGGAUGAACAAAUGUGCCAAACUGAGUUCAAAGAACAUCCUGGGGAUUGCUAUAGGAAGAUCAAGGACACUUAUGAUAAUGUGCUUUAUGGAGGGAUAGGGUUUCUUCUCGUCGUAGUGAUUUGUGAGGUUGUUGUCGUUGCCAUUGGUAUAUGCCUCUUCAGGGGACUCCAACAUGUAUAGUCAGGAUUUUUUUCCCCAUGUCCUCCAGUGUAUGUAACCUGGUGAAGUAAAAAAAAAAAAAAGUUCUCCAUUGCAUUUCAAGUAUAUU